GUUGGCGCGAGCAAGGAAGGGCUCAGCAGACGUGCUGCCAAGCUCUCGAGAGCGCAGGACUUGGCACCAGGCCCAGAAGGCAGGGACGUGCCAGCCACGCCCGCACAUGAUGGGGCCAGCUCAAGCCACCCCCCCAGCUCCCAGAGCCCCCUGCGCACCUCUCCCGAGCUCCCCCCCGGGUCGCGCUCAGCAGCUGGGCUGGGGCAGCAGGGCAGAGCCCAAGUGUCUGAACGCAGCAGCUGCCCGCAGGGAAAAAUGAAAGUGGCUCUGCAGCCCGGGGGCUCAAGGCUGAGGCUAGGGAGGGAACCGGCCUGCCAGGGCCGCUUUCGCUUUCCCUUCGCCUCGGCCCGGCUGGGAACAGGCUCGGCACGGCAGCCGAGGGGUUCGGGGUGCGGCCGCAGGGACGCCGGCCCAGUGCUGAUGAGAGGGCACCGGCUGCCCCAUGAGUCUCACUGUCGCUCUCCUGCUCCUCACCCAGCUGUGGGGGCUGGGAACAGACGAGCUGCCUGUGCAGCUGCCCGCGACCUCGGAGGCCGUGCUGGGGGGCACAGCGCUGCUGAGCUGCACCUACCCGCCUGAGGCGGACCUGAUCCUGUACUGGACCCGGCUGGGGCCGGCCAGCGAGAGGAACGUCUACACCUACUACAGAGGGGAGCACCUGGCCUCACAUGUCGACCCUGCCUAUCGGGGCCGGGCCACUGUCCCAGCUGGGCAGCCCGGGCGUGGGGACGGGGCCCUCCGGCUACACAACAUGACACUGGCUGAUGAGGGCACGUACCGGUGCCGGGUAAAGAGCAACCGUGGCAUGGGCGUGGCGGAGACGGAGCUACGGCUCAUAGGCCUCUAUCGUCUAUCCUGGCUCCAGCCCCAGCCCUGCUCCCCCUCCCUGCAGAACGUGACACUGACCUGCCUCGCAGAGGGCGGCUACCCCCUCGCCACCGUCACCAUCCGCGACAGCACUGGCAGGGACUACGGGGCCGGGACCCCGGCUGCCAAGGAGCCUCAGGGGCUAUAUAGCGCCGCCCACACGGCCGACGUGCCCUGCUCCCCCACCACCAGCUACACCUGCAUCGUCACCACCACCUUCCUCCAGCAGAACCGCACCGGGACGCUUGUCUGGGAAGAGCCACAGCCAGCAUGGAAGGGCUGGGCCGGCGUUGGCAUUGGCAUUGGCAUUGGCAUGGCGGUGGUAGUGCUGGGGAGCGGAGCACUCUGGGGGCAGAGGCACCAGGGAUCCCGCCCCCCCCGGGAGGCAGAGCCAGCUCGGGAAGAGGCCCCGUUGGAGGGCACCGGCCCCACCUGCACGAGGAGGGGGGACCCACCAGACAUCCUCCAGGAGCCGCCCCCACCCAGCCAACAGCUCGCAACGCAGCCCCCUGCCCCACCCCCAGCCCUGGGCCCAGCCAUGCCUGGUAGCCCCCGGCAGCUCGGGGCAGACAGAGUGGCUAGAGCAGGGAAUGCUGGGAGCCAGGACGCCUGGGUUCACCUCCUGCCGGGCUGAGACGGUUUCCCCCUUCGAUGGACUGGAGCUUAGCUCGGCCUCCCCCCCCCCCCCCAGCACAGUCAAUAAACACUGCUCUGGAAGGGGGACA